ACGUAGGGCUGGGGAGGCUUUUCCUCCCCAUCCUCCUCCCUGCCAGGGAGGAAUUGCAGAGCACAGCCGAGCUCUGCCAAGGUGGGUUUGGGGGGACCAUCGGCAUUCCCGGUGUUUCCGAAAAGGGAAACGCUGCUGUACAAAGAAAAUGCUGAUUUUUGCCAGGAACUCUGCCUUUGGGAUGUGAUUGCUGGAUUUCUGCAAAAAAAAAAACCCCAAAACCCGAACCUGAUAGAAUCUUUGGUGCCGUUAACCCCAGGAAUUCCUUCCUUUUCCCUCAAUGCCAAACACUUCCUUUAAAACCAACCCCAUUUUUUUCCUAAUGCUCCAUUCUCAGGUGUUUUGCAACAUAUUCCUAUUUAUAAAUCAUGGGCUCCGCAAGGCAGGGAAUGAAUGUUUCAAGUUGGUGUUAAAUAUUCAUGAGCUCGUGUCAAUGACAGAGCACCCUGUCCCAUAACAUCCCUGAUAAGUUGGGAAAACGCACGUGAACUCCAGUUCUUUUCCAGUCCUUACUUAGGAAGCCUUCAGCUUCUCAGCAAAAGGAAUCAGGGGUUACUUUAUUAAGCUUUUUUUCCCCAUUUUUAAGAACAAAACCUGGCAAUAUGUUCCAAAGUACCUUCCAGUGCAGGUAUUUUGAUGCUGUGAGAUCUUGCAAAUGAAUGCAGCAGCUCCCUGAACUGUCCCAGAUGUGAAAAAUUUGGCARGGAUGGAACAGAAAUUAUCCCUGUGAAGUUUUUUUUUCCUUCAUUUGUUUCAUAGAUUCCUAAAUUAUACACCUAUAUUUUUAUUUUCUGUACUGAAGAAUGUGGUAAUCCCUGCUUGAGUGUGUGGGAUCCAUCACCUCUGAAGCUGGAAUGAUCUUUAAGGUCCCUCCCUGUGAUUCUGUGAUAAUUUAAUCUGUUUCCCAAAAAAACCCAAAUUUCUCUUAAAUCCAAGGAAUUUUCGUUUUCCAAGAGGAAAAAGUUGCACUGUGUUGCAGGUAAAGUGAAGGAAGCUUGAGAGAUCUGUUCCAUUAAAUCUGGGGGAUCUGUUCCCAAAUUUUUGGCCACARAAAACUUUAUGGAUGGGAAAAGAACCUUCUCUGUGGAAAGGGAACAAAUCACUCUGACCAAAACAUCAAAGCUGUGUCAAUUUAACAGAUUCUGGUCUUAAAAUAUAGAUAUUUAAUUAAUUACAUGGUAUUAAAUAAUUKUGUUUAAGAUGAAAGAAGAGUCACAAAAUCAGCAUCCUGAUGGAAAAAAAAUCCAUCCAUUCCCUGAAUGGUCUCAUUAAUUGUGUUUCAUUAAAUAAUAUUUCAAGAUCUGACACAUUUCAGGAAUUUCACUUCUAAUCACAAAACCAACUCAGAAAAUGGGAUUUGGGCUCUUCCUACCAGGAAAAAAAAAACCCAAAAUCAAUGACACAGCAAUGCCUAAUUCCCAGUAAAAUCCAGGCAGACAAAACACGGAUAUCAUUGAAUAUAUAUAAUUUAAUCAUAUUUUUAUGACCUUCAUKAUUUUGUAGAUAGCACAAUAACAGCCUCUAUGUCCAAAAACAAAGAUUAUAUCCCAUCCCAAUUUAGGAUACCUGAAACCAGAUCCAAAACAACUCACAGCAUUCCCUGUGGAAGAUGGAGACAGGGAAUGAGGAAAAACCUGGAUGCUGCUUGAUUAAAGGGGGCUUUAAGAGUCACCAAGCAGCUCCCAGCUGGAAAAAAGCCCUGGAAGGAAUUCAAUCCCUGUUUUUCUGUGCUUUCAGGGUGGUGAAGUUCCGCCGCACCGGGGAGAGCUCGAGGUCGGACGAGGAUGGGAUUUCGGGGGAGCACGAGGUGCAGAUCGAGGGGGUGAGGACAGAGCUGGAGCCYGUGGAGCUGGGGGAUGGAGCUGCAGUGCCCAAGGAAUUCGCCAAYCCCACGGAUGAUACUUUCAUGGUGGAAGAUGCGGUGGAAGCCAUUGGAUUUGGGAAGUUCCAGUGGAAGCUCUCUGUCAUUACUGGAUUAGCAUGGAUGGCAGAUGCCAUGGAAAUGAUGAUUUUAAGUAUCCUUGCUCCUCAGCUGCACUGUGAGUGGCGCUUACCCAGCUGGCAGGUUGCAUUGCUCACCUCGGUGGUGUUUGUGGGAAUGAUGUCCAGCUCCACGCUCUGGGGAAACAUCUCAGACCAGUAUGGGAGGAAAACAGGCCUAAAGAUCAGCGUGUUGUGGACGCUCUACUAUGGGAUCCUCAGUGGAUUUGCUCCCAUUUACAGCUGGAUCCUGGUGCUGAGRGGCCUGGUGGGCUUUGGCAUUGGAGGAGUUCCUCAGUCGGUAACUUUAUAUGCUGAAUUCCUUCCAAUGAAAGCCAGAGCAAAGUGCAUUUUAUUAAUAGAGGUGUUCUGGGCCCUGGGGACUGUGUUUGAAGUGCUCCUGGCAGUGGUGGUGAUGCCCACGCUCGGCUGGCGCUGGCUCCUCAUCCUUUCUGCCCUCCCWCUCCUGCUCUUUGCUGGCCUGUGUUUUUGGCUGCCAGAAAGUGCCAGGUACGAUGUGUUAUCUGGGAACCAGGAGAAAGCUCUGGCCACUUUGAAGAGGAUAGCAACAGAAAAUGGGGCUCCAAUGCCUUUGGGGAAACUGGUGAUUUCCAGACAGGAAGACCGAGGCAAAAUGCGGGACCUUUUCACCCCCCAUUUCCGCUGGACCACAUUGCUGCUCUGGUUUAUUUGGUUUUCCAAUGCUUUUUCAUAUUAUGGGUUAGUUUUAUUAACUACAGAGCUCUUCCAAGCAGGAGAUGUUUGCAGCAUAUCCAGCAGAAGGCAGGAAGUUCAAGCCAAGUGCAGCCUGACCUGUGAGUACCUGACAGAGGAAGAUUACACUGACCUGCUGUGGACAACCCUGUCAGAAUUCCCUGGUGUGUUGGUGACCCUGUGGAUCAUCGACCGCAUCGGCCGCAAGAAAACCAUGGCCCUGUCCUUCCUUGUCUUCUCCUUUUGCAGCCUCCUGCUGUUUCUCUGUGUUGGAAGAAAUGUUCUUACUGUGCUGCUCUUCAUUGCAAGAGCUUUUAUUUCAGGAGGAUUUCAGGCUGCUUAUGUUUACACUCCUGAGGUUUAUCCCACAGCCACUCGUGCUUUGGGCCUGGGAACGUGCAGUGGAAUGGCCAGGGUGGGAGCCCUCAUAACCCCCUUCAUUGCCCAGGUGAUGUUGGAAUCCUCAGUCUAUCUGACUCUGGUGGUUUACAGUGGCUGCUGCCUGCUGGCUGCCUUGGCCUCCUGCUUCCUGCCCAUCGAGACCAAGGGCCGUGGCCUGCAGGAGUCCAGCCACAAGGAAUGGGGCCAGGAGAUGGUGGGCAGAGGAUCUCAUUCCCCAGGGGAAUCACAGGAAUGAUGGGAUGUGGAAACCUGCUGGAAGAAUGAAGGAUAGGAGCAAGAUGUCUCACAAAACCUCUGAGCCUGAAGCAUGGAAAGCUGACCACCAUCACUGCCAACGUCACGUGUUCAAACUGCAGGAAUUUGGGGUUGAACCUCAGCAAAUUGUGUUUCUGCUGCUCUUCGCUCACACUCAUAAAAACUUUUCYGGAUGGAGAGGCCUUCGAUCCAGAUAUCCUUGGAAAUUUAGCAGGAGGGGUUUCUCUUCAGUCUGUCAUGCUUGCAUGGUCAGCUCUUCCGCUUAAAAUGUCCWGUGCCAAGCAAAUGCCAAGUGACUGCAGCCCAGCAAAAGCUGUCAUUAGAACACUGAGCUCUUGAUGCCUAAAACCAAGGGGUUCGUAUUUAUUGUGAACAUUUAUGGCACAGGGUGAAUUCCAUACCCUACACUAUGGAUUCAAUGCCUGCCUUGCACUUUUAGCCACCAAAACCACCACCAAAAUGUGGUUCCGGCAAACCAAUCCGGGCUUUCCAGUUGGGUUCUGUUCCUGGAGGAUUAACAGGYGUGGAUUGCUUGGAAACUGAUUCCUGAUUUCAGAUUUGUCCCAUCCCAGGUGGGUCAYUGGAGCAGGGAGGGUGGUGUUUGCUGCAGAGCUGGGACCUUGGAGCAGAAAUGUCAAUCACAGAGUCAUUAAGGUUGGAAAAGACCUCAAAGCUCAUCAGGUCCAAAGUACAAAUCCUCGUGGUUUGGGGCAAAAUUGGACUUCUUUGGCAUUGCCAGGGACCUYGAGCUCUCUGUUGUUUGGAGCAGGGGGAUUCUCACUCCUGUGGUUCUCUGCAUUGAUCCAGGUGUGUCCCUGCUCCGUUCACCCGGGCACAUCCUCAUGGGGGGAGAGCCCCAGCUGGAGCUGGAAAUGCUGCUGUUGGGAUGGAGCUGCUCCCUGACAGCUGGGCAGGACUCUUCCUGCUGAUUGUACAUUGACACAGGAAUGUAGCUGGAGUGAAUGAAUGAAAAAAAACAGGAGAAGAGCCCAUCUGCAGUGAGCUUGGAUGAGGAACAUCCCUCUUUCAGGUGUGGCUCCUCAAGGAGCGAUCCUGCUCUUGUCAGGGAAUGUCACGGAGCUCAGGUGAGGAUAAACUCAUCACAAACCUGGCCCUGGGCACAAGUCAGGUGGCAGAGUCUGUGGGAAUGUGUAAGGAUCUGAGAUGUGCCUCAUCCAGGUCUCUGUAUUUUCAGGAUUCCAGACCUUGGAACACAACCAAAUGUGGGUGAGAUGGACUUGGUGAGGCUCUGGAAGCAUUGGGGGUUUGUGGUGUGUCUGAGCAGGUGUCUCACCCAAACACAGGGAAAUGUGCAACACAUUUUUAGAGUUGAAUAUUUUAAGUAUCCUGGGAAGCAGAUCCCAUUCCUGGGGUCAGGAAUAGGUCUCCAAGCCCAUGUUUGGUGCAGUACAAGUGAGCACUGUUGGGUUCUGCUGUCACUGAGAGUCACAGCUCUGAGGUCACUGCAGUGCUCUGCCACAUGCCAGGCUGCUURUUUGGAGACUGAGGGGAAAAUAGCAGUGGAUAAUUCCUUAAAGAAAACCAGGAAACUCAGGCUGAUGGAAAAGGCCAAAGAGGUUGGGGAUAUUGUGUGUGGGGCUGUGUUCUGUUGCGAGCGAAGUUUGCCAAGGCACCGAGUGUCCAUCGGUCCCACCAGAGGAUGGUGGCUCAGUGAAGGAUUCCAGGAAUGGCUGGUGGAAACAGGCAAGCUUGGCUUUUCCCAGUGACACAAAAAUGAAUUCAGCUCCCAGGGGAUCCCUGGAAUCAGCUGUGGGUGAUGGCACCAAACCCUCUGUCCCUUCCAGCWGGGUUGGUUCUCUCUGUCUCCCCUGUCCCUGUGUCCAGCAGGCUCAAGCUCCAGCUGAUCCCAGUAACCAGACAGGGCUCUCAUGGCACUGACAGCAACCACAAGUCAUUGUUGACCUCCUUCUGCCAGGCUGGAGCUGGCUCAUUCUCCCUGUGUGCCUGGGGSAGCCUGGAGCACAGCCAGAGGGACUUGUUUUGUGGAAUACCAGAAUCCCAAAGUGAUUUGGGUUGGGAGGGACCUUAAAGCUCACCCAGUCCCACUCCCUGCCAUGGGCAGRGACACCUUUCACUAKMCCAGAUUGCUCCAA